AUGUUUCCAGUACUCAGAUCGCUCGGUAAAGUCCCUGUCUUCCGCCACCCGCUCCUCCAACGUCGAGGGGUGAUAUCCCUGGCCAACACAAAGUAUACAGCCACGGCCAUUGCGUCUGGCGCAGGCUGGGAUGGCAGAACCGAACUUGAAGAUGGCUCACUUACCUUGGAUAUGGCCGUUCCUCAGGAAAUGGGCGGUACAGGGAACGGGAAAAAUCCUGACCAGCUUCUCGCCCUGGGAUAUGCUUGCAAGUACCGGAAUAUUCCAAUUAUGUUCACCGCCAAAAAUAAAAACAUCAAGCUUUCAAACGAUGUACAAGUCAAAGCUGCAGUUUCAUUUGGCGAUGCUGAAGGCUCUGGUUUCGGGCUUGGCGUCGAGUUGACCGUCAUUGGGGCUGAUUCAGCUUUAGCGCAAGCAGCGCAUGAGAUAUGCCCCUACUCCCGGCUCUUCAAAGAAGGAGCAGAGAUUAAGACAGCAAUUGAGUAA